UCCCCCAGAAGGGCGGUUCCCCUACAUAAUUCUAUGCUUCGCCUGGAGCCUAUAAAUCAACGAACCGUCCCCUGGUCAAGUCUUACCAGCCUCUCGCCACUGCUCGCCUCCAACCGCGUGCGCUCCACGCCUCCUCCAGGGAAGAGAAGCUUCUGCAUAAAGACCAACAAGUUUAAUCUUGAUCAGCUCGGUGCCAAUCAAACUUCAACAACCAAGUUUCAUGUCUGAUCUCGACGUCCAGCUUCCAUCUGCCUUCGAUCCGUUUGCUGAGGCAAAUGCUGAGGACUCCGGUGCUGGCCCCGGAACAAAGGAUUAUGUGCAUGUGCGCAUCCAGCAACGCAACGGCAGAAAGAGUCUGACUACUGUUCAGGGACUGAAGAAAGAGUUCAGCUACAACAAGAUCCUCAAGGAUCUCAAGAAGGAAUUCUGCUGCAAUGGUACUGUAGUCCAGGAUCCAGAGCUAGGCCAGGUCAUUCAGCUCCAAGGUGAUCAGCGCAAGAAUGUUGCCACUUUCCUAGUUCAGGCUGGGAUCGCAAAGAAGGAGAACAUCAAGAUUCACGGGUUCUAGGCGACCUGUAAAUGUUUGUGCGCGCUAUAUUGUGUGCUAUCAGAUAUUGGGAAACCUGAAGCAGUGAUAAUACUAGUUACUGCUUCCUAUCAGAACAUAAAGACUUGUGCUAUUAUCAAGUGUCUUGCUUGAUGCAAGUUGCGUUGUCGCCCCAUUAUGGAAUCCCGGCAUAUGGGUAUGGCUUGUAUGGGAUAUUGUCAACUUAAUGAAAGUACUUACUGUUUGGCUAUA